UACCAUAUGUAUGGCAUCACAAUAGAAGUGUCCGGUACCUGCUAUCUCCAGGGUUGUGUGAUUGUGUUGAUAUGGUCUAUAUCACACUCUGUACAGCUACGCUCAACACACUGGUGAGCUGAUUGUAUGGUAAACCUUCCCUGGUCUUGAAGCAAUGGGUGGAGGUGUAGUGGGACAGACUCACUAGUGAUCGUCUCGGGUUGUUUGGGGGAGUGCACGCAGGAACAUGUCGGACUUCUAUACCAAGGCUAGCUUCCACUGAUAGCAACUGGAUCUUAUAGGAUAAUUUUUACAUUAAUAUUGUGAGGAGGUGUUCAACAGAGCCUCCCCGAUGAGUCUGACGACCACAAAGCGCAGGUUGCCGUAUAUCCGCGCCCCCUAUGACACCAAUCAGGAGUACACGGCCAUCAGCGUGGGGGGGAUGGCGUCCCCCCGCACCAUGCAAGCCCUCCCCCAGAUUGUGGAUGAACAGCAGUAUAUGCAGCAGCCAGUGCAGGUGAUGCAGCCCGCGGUGCAGGUGAUGCAGCCUGCUCAGGCUGUCCAGAGUGUCCCCACGGAGAUUGUGCGCUACGACAAUAGCCCUUCCCAUCACCACCUGGACAUGUUGGAAGAGAGGCUGGCACAGCAGGAACGCAACACUCAGGGACUCAUCGAGCGGGCAUUUAAGAUCAAGGAGGAUGUCAUUGAGAGUCUGAACUUUAGUCAGGGAACGUGGCAGGAUGAGAAGAAUGCUCGGGGACAUCUGCAGGAUCACAUUCGAAACAUCACCUCUGUGGUCAACAGGCUAAACCAUGAUAUAGCAGUUUUAGAAGAGAACAUCAAAGCCAGAGAUUCUGCAGCAUUGGGGACAAACAAUGCCGUCAAGAGCAUCGAGAUGCAUCAUGUCACCAGUUUGUCAGACCUCCGAGGUCGUAUUGUCCGCUGUGAUACCGCCAUCGCCAAACUGAGUGUGGACAUGCGCACGUCCUUCGAUUCCAUCCGUGUGUUGUCGGGUCAACAGCAGGAGCUGCAGUCACGCCUGAUGGAGCGCAUGCAUGGGAUAGAGUCACAGUUGGUGUCCAUGACGAACGCAAUGGAGAAGGUGACAGGCGAGAGUCGGAUCAAGUUUCAGCACUUGGAGGGGGACACAAACAAUAACCUCUCCAUGUUGGACAGUAAAACUCGACAAAUGAUUGAAGACUUGAAGAACACCAUCACAUCCGUCGCGGCAUCAGCCGAGGGUGAAAGGGAACGCAUGGAACAGAGGAUAAUCAGCCUGAUCGAGAAGGCCGGUGGCACAAGGGACCUCAUGAUUGAGAAGAUCGACAAGAAGAUUGACGACAAUAUGUACAUGCUGGAGGUACGCAUCCAGAAGCUGGAGGAUGCUCUGAUGGAAGAUCGCUCCCACUACACUGAUCUGCAGUCUCACAUCGAGAGUAAGCUGUUGGCGCGUAUCGAGGCUGACAUCCGGCGCCUGAGUGAGGAACUGGCCAAGUUGAAGCGUGAGUGCCGGGAGGGGUUUUCCACCGUCCACGAGAGCAUCAGCAACAUGAAGACUGUGAUGGAGGGGAGGCGGAAACUGUUGGAGGACCAGCUGAGGAAGGAGUUGUCGCAGAUCAGGAAGAUGGUGGUGCUGGUGUAGGCACGACGUCGCCACGCACAUUGACACUGUUCACGCCAAGCUUCCAAGACAGAUGCUGUGUCAGCUACCAUGGACAGGCUUGAUAUGACAGUAAUAGUCCCUCCUGAUGACAACCAGGUGUUGACUCCACGGCUAGGUUUCUAUUAUCAUGGAACACUCCCUCCAUGGGUGAACUUCCAGAAUUAUCAGUGUUGCUGUGAGGGUUGUUGACUAUCAAGACAUUUGAGACAUAGCUUUAGCAAUUGCCAAACAUGGAAACUAUGACCAAGAUAGUAACACAUUCUCAUGAAGUCACUUCCAUUGAUGAACUUGAAUAGUGUAAUCUGAUAUUGAUAUAAACAUUGUAAUAAUGUAAUAUCUGAUUUUAGCUUAGCCCCCAUCCUUACAAGCAAUGAAUAAAAACUAGAGCGGUGGCUCAAACUGGUGGCCGUAUAAUGACAAGGUGAUCUACUCUCAGUAUCGAUUUCGUUAGAAGGAGUUCUCACAUCCAUCUUUAACUGAUUGUGAUCGUUACAUCUCACUUUGGGUAGUGACUGAUUGAUGUGAAUUUCCACUUGAAUCACAGCAAGUUGAUUACAACUGAUGCAGUUGUGUCUGAUGCACGUUUUUCAAAAAUACAAUUAAAGUCACUUCAAAAACUAUCCUUACAAUUCAAUAAAGUUUUUGUUACACAUUGAUCAGACUUUGCAUCAGAUUGAUCAAUUGACCGGAAUACUCGUUCAGUCGCAGCCACUCAGCAUCAGUAAUAAUCAAGGGGAGUUAAUUUCAUGCCUUGAAGAGUUAUCCCCCCUUGACUGUUUCAUUUUCAGCAAGGGUCCAGAGAGAUUUCAUUUAAACUGUGAUAUUUUUAUGCAAGAUUAUCAGAGACACUUUCCAUAUAUCUUUGUUAUUACACUGUUUAUUUAUGAAAUAGAACAAUAGUGUAUAUGAUGCAUGUUAAUACUAUCAAAACAGAUUUAUUGUUAAUAUGUAAUAGUAUGCUGAAGUUAUCAAAUUUCAACAAAUUGUACAUCUUUCAUAGAAAAUUGUGAUAAAAACACAUAUUUAUGUUUCAGAUUUUGUCAGAUUAUCACUAUUUUCAAAAUCAUAGUCAUCUAUUUAUUAUUUUCUGGUUACAUAUUUAUGUUUAUAUUCUGAUGUUUGACAUUCCGUCCAGAUUAUGUGUCCGACAUUGUUGUACAUCUGCCUCAGCUUGUGAUGUCACAGAUCAUAUAUAUACACACUUAUUCAUAUAUGUUAUAUAGCAUAGAUACUUAUUUUUUUGUGUCACAUUAGGAAGGACAUCGGUUUGUGAAAAUUACUUUUGAUGUAAACAACACUCUUCCCUAGAAGUGAUUUUAUCAAUUCCACAAACAAACUGUCAACUCAAAUUUUCUGGACACCAAGAAAAUUUCAGCAUGUCUAAAUUAUGUGCUCACAAAAUCAUGUCUGCCAUUUGUUAUGAAAUGUGAUCACAGUUUGGCAAAAUGUCUGUUUCGUGUACUCUGCAUCUGUCAGUCAUAAUGUAUCCGACAAACCAGGAGGGUAGCCUGGUCAGGUCUUUUGUUCCCAACGUGGGUACCAUAUGUAAACCUGUUGUCAUGAGUGACCUCUGCAGUCAUAUUGGUGGUAUACUGCUAGUAUUAUGCAGGUCACUUUUGAGAAGUCACUAUGUAAUUAUGCCAAUCAUGUCCCUUUUCUCAGUCGUGUGGGAUGUAAGGGUCCUACUUUAUUGGUUGAUAAUGACCUUGACAAUAGGGUUCAAUCUGUGUUAUGGGUCAUUACCCUUGUAGACAUUGCCAACCAACAAAAUGGGCCCUUCCACGCCACGUUUAAUAACAUGGUGAGGAAAUGGGGUAGGAUUGACUUCUAAGCUUCUUCAUAUUUCAUUCUUUUUCCAAGCUUUCAUUACAGCAUUAAUGUGACUGCAGCAAGUCACUACAUCCUGAAAAGUUGCUGUAAAAAUUAGAUAUAACUUGCAAGAAUAUUUUAAAAUAAUAUCAUAUUGAACUUUGGAGAAUAUAUGCUUGCGUGAGCGCUGUCAUAGAUGGGUGCCCAAUCUUGUUACAUAAAGCAGAGGCCAUAUACACCAUGGUACAUACAUGGUCUCAGGUUGACAGCGUAGCUAGCUUGAAGAAGUCAUUUUCAGUUAUUCAUAAUUGUAAAGUUGUGCAUUACAGUAGGUAUGGUCUGCCUCAUUGAUGAAUGUCAUGUCUUCUAUAUUACUCAUAUAAAUCAAAAGAUACUCUAUAUCAGUAAAGGCCAAAUUGUUUUUGCAAUAGUAUCGGUUUUGAUUUCAGUGUAUAUACUAGAGAAAGAACAUAUUUAGGACCAAAUAUGCAUGAACAGUGAAAGGAUAUUGCAUUGUAUUUUGUGUGCCGUCAACCUUCCUAACUACUGUUUUCAAAAAUAAUAUUCAUGUUUUA